CUUCAGCCAAAUGGUGUCUACUUUACCGCCAAUGCCAUCGCUGUCAACGAUCGCGUCCAACGCGGCGACGACGACACCCAUUAAAAAUCAGACAAUUAUAUCAAACCGAUUCCCACGACAGGAGCACCCGCUCGGAAAGGUAAAAGUAAUACUGCAGAUCAGUCAUCCGUAUCAACAGCAGCAACAACAACAACAUCCACUACAAGACACCGCACAUUAUCUCAAAGUGGAUUCGUCGAGAAGGCAUUUAACUCUUUACGACCCGACGUUGUUAUCAUCGUAUGAGCAAAAUCAGAGACCAACUGCGCCCAAGAUGUUCGCCUUUGAUGCCAUCGUCAAUAAUAGUUUAAACAGUUCCACCAGUUCUGGCAAUUGCAACACCAAUUCACUGCCGAUGCCCUCAUCACAGCAUCACUACAUCAAUACAACAAUCCAUGAGUUAUCGAAGGCAGCCCUACCGGAGCUGAUCGAUGCGGUCAUGAAUGGCAAUGAUUCUGUACUCUUCGCUUUGGGCAAAACA